AUGGCGAUAUCUCACGCUCAACCAAUGCUUCUCCUCCUUCUAUCACUCUUCUUCUUACCUACUUUGCGAGCCGAGCCCAUGAGGCCCAUCCGUUUCAGAGACUGUGGUUACGAAAGUUAUCCUGUUAAAGUCACUAGUGUGGAGAUACCUGAGUAUAACUAUAGGCGAACAGACGUUCGGUUUGAGAUAUCCGCUUCUACAAAUAAAACAAUUAACGGAGAACGCUUGUUGGCGAUAAUAAUGGGACGUGAUGGAUCCCCCACAACUGGAGAAUCCAACCUUUGUGAUCUUACGUCAUGCCCUGUUUCACUUGGCGCCUUUAAGUUUGGUGUUAGCGUAUUGCUUGAUCCAGAUAAUUCAUCUAAUGAAUACUCUGGUAGACUAACCAUUGUGAACCCUACUGAGGUAUUAAUGUGUAUCAGAGUCGAAUUCAUUAUUUCAAGUUCCAAUGCGUUGUCUGCUUAUUAG